AAAAAUAAAUGAAACCAUGGUAAAUGUCCUGCUACUUAUUUUGAAUGGAAAAUGUCCAUUAUAAGAGCUUCUUCAUUCCGAUGUUGCAGGUUUUGUUCCGGUGACUGAAGUUAAGUGCUGCUAUGAGGAGGAGGAGGAGUCCUGUUGAUCAGUGCUGACGUACUUUGAAUAAAUAUGGGGGCCGACAGGAGCCAGUUUCUUCAGUGUGUUUGAGGAGCAGAUGAGAAACUUGUGCUGUGCUCUCAGUUGAUGAAAUAGUGUCGGGCUGAAGGAGAAGAUGGAGAACUGUCUGAUGCUGAUGUUUCUGUGUUAUAUGGUAAAACUCAUCACCUCUGACAGUGUGAGCGUGAGGUUGGUGAAUGGCAGUAAUCCCUGUGCUGGUCGAGUGGAGGUUUAUAAUGAUGGUCGUUGGGGAACAGUGUGUCAUGUUUGGUGGGAUAUUGCUGAUGCUGCAGUGGUGUGUAGAGAGCUGGACUGUGGGACGGCUGUAAAAGCAACACAUGAAGCUCACUUUGGAGAAGGAUCAGGACCAAUUUCAAUUGCUGCUGUAAAAUGUAGUGGAUCAGAGACUGCACUGAAAGACUGCAGUUCAGACAGCUGGUAUAUACGGUACUGUAAACAUAAUCAAGAUGCUGGUGUCGUCUGUUCAGACUCAGAGCAAAGACUUCGACUUGUGGACGGGUCUCACCUGUGCUCUGGUAGAGUGGAGAUGUUUCGUACAGAAGGAUGGGGUUCAGUGUGUGACGCUGUCUUUGACCAGCAGGAUGCAGAGGUUGUGUGUAGAGAGCUGGACUGUGGGGCUCCUGUACAGGUGCUGGGAGCAGCUGCUUUUGGCAAAGGGAAAGGCCGUGUUUGGUCAGAGGAGAUUCAGUGCAGAGGAAAUGAAUCUCAGAAACACGUUUGUCCACGAUCAGCUUCACAAAUACACAGCUGUUCCCAUGACAAUGAUGUGGGAGUGAUCUGUUCUGGUUGAGUAUUAACAUUUGGCAUCUCUUUAGAUAAAUUACAUACCUGUGUAAUACACUGCUGUUGUAUUGCUCAAUUAUCUUGACACUAGUUUCGUACUGUUUAAAAGAGCUGUCAGUUGUUUGUCCAGGUUACACUGAUCUCAGGCUGGUAAACGGUUCAGACUCUUGUUCUGGAAGAGUGGAGCUUCAGUUCCUCAAUGGCACAGUGUGUGAUGCAUGCUGGGAUGUGAGAGCUGCCAAUGUCCUCUGUAGACAGCUGAAU